AUCCGUCUUCAUUCACUCUCAGAAAGAACCCGCCCUACAGAAAGGACGAGCGGGCUGAUAACUCUACUCCAGGCCUUACUUUGAAUCAUUGUCUUCAUUCACUUCAACAGACGACUUGUCAACCUCUUGUCAAACUAUCUUUAAAGCCGACAAAAUGAGUCAACCAACUGGACGUUAUAUUGAGCCUAUUGCCAUCUGCGGCAUGGCUAUGCGCCUUCCAGGCGGCGUCAAGACUCCUGAAGACUAUUGGGAUGUAUUGUACAAUGGCAAGGACCAGAGGUCCCCAGUACCAAUCUCCCGUUACAACAUCAAGGGAUUCAACAGCGAUAUGGGCAAAACGAACACCAUCUACCAGCAGCAAGCUUAUUUCCUAGAAGAUGACCUAGCUGCCUUUGACGCUGGUCUGUUCACAAUGACCAGGAACGAAUUGGAAAAGGCAGACCCGCAACAACGUCUUCUCCUUCUCGUUGUUCGUGAGUGCCUGGAGAGUGCGGGUGUAACUGAUUAUCGGGGAAGUCUUACGGGCUUCUUCGUUGGCACAUUCUCUGAGGAUUGGUUACAGACACAAUCCAAAGAAGAGCAGCACCCUACCGGAUAUGUUCUUACAGGUCAUCUCGACCCGAUGCUGGCUAAUCGGGUUGCUUUCGAGUAUGAUCUUCGUGGCCCUGCCUUCGUCAUCAAGACUGCGUGUUCCUCAUCUAUGAUUGCGCUCCACAAUGCAGUUCGAGCAGUUCAGAACCGCGACUGCAAUGCGGCAAUUGUAUCCGGAUCUAACUUGAACAUGGGUCCCACAACUACUGCUUCCAUGACACAGGAAGGCAUCAUGUCCCCAGAGGGUUCGUGUAAGACUUUCGACGCGCGUGCUGACGGAUACGGACGUGGUGAGGCAGUAAACGCUAUCUACAUCAAGCCCCUGUCCGAUGCUAUCCGAGAUGGCAACCCAAUCAGGGCAAUCAUCCGGAAUACUGGUGUCAACCAAGACGGUCAAAGUACUGGUCUGUUCGCUACCAGUAUCGUGGCCCAGGAGGCUCUCAUGAGGAAGGCAUAUGUCGAUGCCGGUCUAGACCCUGCUGAGACUGCUAUGGUUGAGUGCCACGGAACUGGAACUCCAGUUGGAGACCCCGUUGAAGCAAUCUCGGUUGGAAAUGUCUUUGGUCAACCUAAUGGUAUCUACAUUGGAUCCGUUAAGCCUAACCUUGGUCACUCGGAAGCUUCAGCGGGUAUCUCGAGUUUGAUGAAGGCGGUCCUAGCCUUGGAGCACAAGAUUAUCCCUCCUAACAUCAAGUUUGAGGUUCCUAACCCCAGAAUUCCUUUCGAGGAGAAGAAGAUCACCAUUCCUGUGAAGCCUAUGCCUUGGCCCAAAGGAAAGGCAUACAGAAUCAGUGUCAACUCAUUUGGUAUCGGAGGUACCAAUGCUCACGUUAUCGUCGAAUCCGCCGAGCAAUAUCUCAAGGAUCUCACUAAGUCUCGUUUUGGCGCCGAGCUUGCGGUUAUCUCUGCAAACUCUCAAGAUUCCUUGAAGAGUGGAAUUGAGAACCUCAAGCAAUACGUUGCGAACAACACUGAUCGUCUACCUGAUAUUGCGUACACCCUUGCCAGGCGCAGGGAGCAUUUCAAAUGGAGGUCAUUUGCGGUCCUUUCCGAUCCUGCUGCGGCGAGUUUCGCACCCCCAACCAACAAGCCCGCCAAGAAACCCACUGUCGUCAUGGUAUUCAGUGGCCAAGGUGCGCAAUGGCCUCAAAUGGGUUACGACUUAAUCAACUCUUAUCCUGGAUUCAAGGAAGAUGUCAUAGCCAUGGACGACAUCUUGCAGAGCCUAGGAGACCGCAAGCCAACGUGGAGAGCUAUCGAGGAGUUGAGCAAGCCUGCCGGUGAAAGUCAGUUGGGCCGUGCAGAACUAGCCCAGCCACUUUCCACUGUGGUUCAAAUCGGUAUCGUUAAUGCGCUGAAACGUCUUGGUAUCCGCCCGCAGGCCGUGGUAGGCCACUCGAGUGGUGAAAUUGCCGCCGCAUAUGCCGCAGAGGCGCUCACACUACGCGAAGCUGUCACUGCGGCUUGGUACCGUGGUCACGUUGCGAAGAAGUCUACCACUCCUGGUGGUAUGGCUGCCAUUGGCUUGGGGGCUGAGGAGACACGCAAGUUCCUCCCUGAGCGUGUUGUCGUUGCUUGCGAAAACAGCCCUUCGAGCACGACGAUCUCCGGUGAUGUCGACCAAUUACAAACGGCAUUGUCUAACAUCAAGGGUGCACUGCCUGAUGCUUUCGCUCGUGCCCUCAAGGUCGAAAUGGCCUAUCACUCUCACCACAUGGUAGCCUUGGCGGACGCAUACAAGUCGUGCUUGAACGAUGAGUUUACCAACUUCGCUCAGGAUCGGGAAACGCUCGAUGUUCCUAUGUUUUCUAGUUUGCGCGCCAAGAAGAUCACCGAGGCAAAGGCAUUCGGACCGCAAUACUGGGUUGACAACUUGACUUCCCCAGUUCUCUUUAACUCUGCUGUUCAGAUCAUCACGGAGGAAGUCAAGAACCCUCUCUUCCUCGAAAUUGGUCCUCACUCUACCCUCCAGGGACCGAUCCGUGAAAUCUGCGCCAGCCGCAAUGCCAAGUUUGAGUAUGUCCCAACCAUGCUGCGAGGCAAGAACUCUACGCACUCUUUUCUUUCUGCACUUGGUCAGCUAUACCAGCAAGAUGUCAGCGUUGAUUUCGCAUCUCUGUACCCGACUGGCCAGGUUGUUACCAGCCUUCCGAAGUACCCCUGGUCUCUCAAGGAAACCUACUGGUAUGAGCCCAGAAUCUCAAAGGAGUGGCGUCUCCGUCCUUAUGGUCACCAUGAACUCCUUGGUCGCAAGGUUGCUGAGAGUACUCCACUCAAUCCCUCUUGGAGGUUGGUGCUUGUUCCCGACCAUGUACCAUGGAUCACCGACCACAAGGUCCGUGAGGACACCGUUAUUCCUUUUGCUGCCUACGUUGGCAUCGCAGGCGAAGCUAUCCGACAGUUAACUGGAGUCGAGACCGGAUAUGCCAUCAAGAAUGCCCGAGUUACCACCGCCUUGGUUAUCGGUGAGACACCCAAGGAAAUGUACACCACUCUCCGACCGAUCUCAGGGUCUGACUACUAUGAUUUCAUCAUCGCAUCUCACAAUGGCACAACCUGGAUUACCCACUGUGAAGGUUCGGUAAAGGCCAUUGAUAGUGAGGCACCAGCAGCCGAUCAACCUGCUGAACUUCCUCGAACUGCGGAUGUCGCUAGAUGGUUCGACACCUUUGCCAAGGUCGGCUUCAACUAUGGCCCCAAGUUCCAGCUUUUGAACAACCUGUCUGCUGCUACAACCACCGACGCUGCAGCUGCAUCGGUCACUACUAGCGAGGAGAUCAUGAAGGGACCCUUCCUUUUCCACCCGACCACUAUGGAUGCUUGUUUGCAACUUUCCAUCAUUGCUGGGUCAAAGGGUCUCCCCCGCAACUACACCGAGCUCAAGGUGCCCACACAUAUCGAAGAACUCGAGGUAUACCGUGGAGCUUCAUCCAUGCGAGCCGUAGCUCAGAGCACAGCCGAUGGCUCAUCUAUGAAUGUAGAGUGCGUGGCGGAUGGAAAGGCUCUACUACGUAUUCGUGGUCUUCACUUCACACUUCUGCCCGACGAGGACGCUGGCCCUCAGCACCACACUGACGGCGCUUACCUCGAAUGGCGUCCUGACUUCGACUUCCGUGAUGAGGCUGCUACUCUUGUGAAGCCCCCGUCCGAUGAAGCCGCCACCCGCUUAUUGGAGGAGUUCACUCUGCUCUCUAUCUUGGAUUCGGCUGAGCGAAUCAAGGGCAAGACGCCUACCAAUGCCCACUUUGAGAAAUACGGAAAGUGGAUUGCGCUCAAGGCUGAGACUGCUGCUAGAGGCAAGUCACCAGUUCUUGGAGACAUCUCCAACCUUCUUUCUUUGUCUAAGAGCGAAAGGGCCAACCUUAUUGCUGAUGACUAUGAGAAACUCACCAAGAUUCCCUCCAGGGCUGCCUAUGCUGUUGCGAUCGGACAGAUUCGUGAGAACAUUGAAGGCCUCUACACUGGUUCCGUGGAUGCCGCACAACUCCUAAUGGAGAACGACAUUCUAUCUAAUGUCUACACUGCGAUCAACUUCGACUAUGCUGGAUACGUCAGCGCCUUGUCCAACUCCCGACCUGCUCUCCGAAUCCUGGAGAUCGGCGCUGGAGCAGGUGGCACCACAGAAACGAUCCUGUCCCAGGUCGUCCAGGAAGGCAAGCUGCCUCCUUACUCCGUAUACACAUACAGUGACGUCUCGCCCGGAUUCUUCCCUCAGGCCCGCGAGCGCUUCGCCAAUGCUCCUAACCUAGAGUACAAGGUCUUCGAUGUUAGCAAGGACCCUAUCGCACAAGGCCUCGAGGCUCACUCAUACGACCUUAUCCUGGCGCCUUAUGUUGUCCACGCCACUCCUGUCCUCAAGGAGACCCUGAAGAACCUGAACAAAGUGCUGAAACCGGAUGGUCGACUUCUGCUCUCUGAGCCCGCCACCAUCGGAAGCUCGCCUAACUUCAUCUUUGGAACUUUCUCCUCUUGGUGGUCUGGUGAGGCCGAUGGUCGUGAGUGGGAGCCCUUCGUUUCCAACGCUCGCUGGGACGAGGAACUCAAGGCUGCUGGAUUCACUGGCGCAGACAAUGUUGUAUACGACGCACCGCUACCAUUCCGAUACUGGUCGACUAUUAUCACGCAGCCCAAGGUCACUUCGACCGAGAAGAACGCUCCUGUCGUGCUAGUCACCGAAAACAGCGCAAGCAAAUUGACUGCUGAGCUAGCCGAUGGACUGUCCAAGUACGGCAUUGAUGUUAUCAAGAAGGGCCUAUCGGAGGAUGUCGCUGAUGAGCACAAUGUCAUCUUCGCUCUUGACCUAGAGAGGCCAUUCUUCGAGGAUAUCUCCUCUGAGAACUGGACCGUCUUCAAGAACCUGCUCAAGAAGACCGAAUCGAUCUCGGGACGCAAGUUGCUCUGGCUCCUCCCUCCCGUGCAGAAGAACACCAAGAACCCCAAGGCUGGUCUAUCCAUUGGUCUUCUACGAUCCGUCCGCUCUGAGCUUGACCUCUCCCUCACCACUUUGGAAGUCGACCCGACUGAGUCCGACCUCGCCAGUUACGUCGCUAACGUCUUCAACAAGGUCGUUGAUGAGGACCUGUCUCAGUCACUUAACCCUGACAGGGAGUUCUUGGUUGAGAAUGGCACUAUCAACGUUGGCCGAUACGUACCCUUCUCUAUCACGUCUGAAGUGGCUAGCAAGGCUCAGAAUGGCGCUGCUGGCGAAUUGAGCUUCGACCCUGAGGCUUCCUACAUCAUCACUGGUGGUCUCGGUGGUCUCGGAAAGGCUAUUUCCUCAUGGAUGGCUGAGCGGGGUGCUCGCUACAUCACUGCGAUCUCCAGGUCUGCUGGCAAAUCGGCAGAGGACAAGGCAUUCAUCGCUGAGCUGAAGAGCAUGGGAACUGUUCUGACCCCAGUUGCUGGUCCCAUCCAGGACUUCGAACUUGUCAAGUCUGCUGUUGCGCAAUCGCCGAAGCCUGUCAAGGGUGUUAUCCACUUGGCCAUGGUGCUUCGCGACGCCCUCUUCCCUGAAAUGACUCACCAGGAGUGGACUGAAGGCCUCUCGCCCAAGGUCGAUGGUGCCUGGAACCUGCACAAUGCUCUCAAGGAUGCAUCGCUAGACUUCUUCGUUGUCACCAGUUCCAUCGUCGCAACCAUCAACGUCCCCGGCCAGGCUAACUACAACGCCGCCAACACUUUCUUGGAAGCCUUCUGCCAGUACCGAAACGGACAAGGCCUUGCCGCAUCUGCUAUUGCUGUCAGCCCUAUCGACGACAUUGGUGUCGUUGUUGGCAACGACAAGGCUCGCCGCAACCUCCGCUCCAACGGUCUCCAGUUCCUUACUGAGCGCGAAGUCCUCGAGUACAUCCACCUCGGCAUCCUCCACCGCGGAUCCUCUCCCAUCAUCAUGGGCCUGCACUCCGACACGCACUUGGAAGACGCCAGCAACCACGUGGCUUGGAAGAAGGACCGACGCAUGGGUCUCUACCACAACAUCCCCAAGGAGGAGAACGCCGACGCCGGCUCCGGCGAAGGCGAUGCACUCCGCGAGUUCAUGGCUAACGUUACCGCCAACCCCAGCGAGCUGGACAAGCCCGAGAGUGCCGAGUUCCUCGCGCUGGAGAUCGGAAAGCGCGUCUACUCAUUCAUGCUCAAGCCCAUCGAAGAGGUCGACCUCUCCGUCAGCUUGGUGGAUGUCGGCCUCGACUCGCUCAUGGCGGUCGAACUCCGACGGCUCUGGACCCAGAUGUUCGGCACCACGAUUAGCGUGCUCGAAAUCAUGUCCCUGGGCGCAUUGGAGAACUUCGGAAAGCUUGCCGCCCAGGGCCUCAAGCAGCGAUUAUUGGAAGGUUAAGAGAAGCGAGUGGAGAACCUUAUGGGGGCGUCAGGGGUGCCUUAAGGUGUUAAAGAUUUGUGAUUAUUUAUGAAAGCGUUGUACGAGAUAAAGAUGUUAACUGGAUGUUACGAGCCUUUUUUUCUAGUUUCUUUUUUAGGGGAGGUAGUUAGGUUACUCUUAUUUUCAGUUAUUUAGAUGUAUCAAUAUUACAAAGUUCAAAUCAAAUUUCUUGCUUGACUUGAUCUGUGAUAAAUGGCCCUUUGACCUCCGCAUUAUCUGGAUGCUGAAUAUUAAAACGAAGAGUGGUUUCCGACUCAGUUACUACUUGUUCCCCAGAAGUAGAGUCCCACGGAACCGACAUAAAGGGUUAAAUGUUACUAUAAACGGUACUGGCAUUUACGAAUUAUUACAAGCAUUUGCUGUCAAGGGAGCUAUCCACGGAUACGCACGGGAUGGACCGUUGCUCCAUAAUAGUCAAACCCCCUGGUAGGAUAUAUGAGGUAAAUUUACACACUUUAGAACGGAUGUAUUGUACCCGGUGUAGGUACUGCGCCGCCAACUUACACGAAACUGUAC